GGAAGAUGUUGGCAUCAAUCUUACUUGGGUUAUGUAUGACAGGUGUGGCAGUCGAGGCUGUAGAGAGUGGAGCAUCAGUGCUUCAUACAAUCAAAGAUGGAGGGUUGAGAGGGUCCUUACAAUACUCCACAAGUGAUCCAGAAAAGCCAAUCUUUACAUUCCGUAGCAUACCAUAUGCAGUGCCACCUUUAGGUGACCUUAGGUUUAAGCCCCCACAGAAGAACAAACCAUGGAGUGGAGUUAGGGAUGCAACACAAAGGGCCCCAGAAUGUAUCCAAGACCCAGCUCAGUCAGACACAU